GAAAACAUAAGGUUUGCGUUUACGUUUACGUCAGUUGUUUUGACUCUUCAGUGUUUGUGCUGGUAAGAUUUUUUUGUUCAAGUUUUGUUGAUAGAAAUAUCUUGGUCGCUUUUUGAGCACAGGAUACAGGGAGCCAAAUUACUAAAGACUUCAGUGAACAUCCAGCAGAGGGCAUUGUUGUUCCAAAUGUCAACACUCUUAAAUUGAACCAAAUCAAAUGAUGAAUAAUGUAAAAUGUUAUCACUGUAUUUUAAAACUUUUCUCUGUCCUGCCUCACUUUUUAGAUUGGUGCUCUUAUUCCCUUGUAGUGGCCUACCAAAGUGGAAAUCUGCAAAAAACUGGGGUUAUAAUUUGAAUUUAUCCUGUCUCUGACACCACUUUACAGACUCCCUGAGGCCUCUGGUAGACAUGGCUUCAGAUGAACUCCUCUCCGUCAUCUUCAGGGGAUCCUAUUAGCUCAGCCUUGCCUCAGCUGUCCUCUGCUUUCUGACUCAACCACCUGAAUAACAUCUAAGAACCCUGAAGUGAUGGGUGUUCAGCUGGAAGAGACUUUGCACCACCCUUAUGCAUCUAUUCCCUGUGUAUUUUCUGUCUUCUCUCUCAUGCAGCUUUCUGACUUUCUGCAUCUCUAUUUCAGUCUCUCUCAGGCCUGACCACAUAAUGACAGACCUGCUGUAUAUUAAAGGACCCUGCCCUUGAGUCCUCACCCGGUCACCUCCCUUUCCAUGGGCCUUUAUAAGCCUCUCAAACAAGGAGGGGGGCACUACUUUCCAAGGAGGGACAGUGCACUGGCAUCUUGGAGGCUGUAGCUAGUGGGCAACAACAACUAUCCAUCCAAAAGGCUAACCAUGGAUAACCAUUCUUACAACUUCCCCUCAGACUGCACCCCGCUCACCAACUGUAAGUCUGCCCGUAAGCAGGCUGGAUCCACGGUGGUGAACAUGGGUAACAUCGGCAAGAAUCCUCCCAAAGACUAUCUGGUCUGGUCGCUGUGCAACACCCUGUACGUGAACUUCUGCUGUCUGGGAUUCAUGGCGCUCAUCUACUCCAUCAAGGCCAGGGAUCAGAAGACUCAAGGAAACCUUCAGCUGGCCCAGGAGUGCUCGGAUAAAGCCAAGUGGUACAACAUCCUGGCAGCCGGCUGGAACCUUCUGAUCCCUCUCCUGGCCGUCGUCCUACUCGUUCUCCUGCUUGUCCACCUGGGAACGUCCCAGGGGUCCUAUGAUUUCUUGGGAGAGGACGGCUUGCAAAACUUCAUGAAACUGUUCAGCUGGUAGAUGGAUAUAAAGGGUAACAAAGGACGAAAUAAAUAGUCUCAAAGUCAACCAAUUGGCACUAAUGGGGAGAGGGUAUUUGACUGGAUUCAGGAGUUGUUGAAAAGCCUAAAUAAUUGAAUCCAGUUUAAACUGAGUAUUUUCCACAUGGAAACUAGAAUCAAUGUGUGCUGGGAUUCACUAAAAUCACCAUAUUCACUGGUUAUAAAUGUAAGCCUUGGUUUAAUCACUAGAAGAAUCUCAUUUUAGGGAUGCAUUAAUACUAAAGUUAAUCUCAAAAUGUGGCCAAAAAUAAAAAAUGAAACAGGACAUUAAACGGUAGAUUGUAUAAAAUGUGGACACGGUCUCUGUGACAUCAACCAUUGGUUUCUGAAGAAGCUUUAUGAAGUCCAAAGAUGACGGCUGACAUUUUGGAAAUGCUGAGUUCAACUAUCUUUUUCCUCAGCCAGAGACCAGCAUAGAAGUGGAGCUAAGGCCAUAGCUUAGCCUCAUUGCAAACAGCCAUAACGUGACCACCUGUCAAUCAAAUCAUCCAUGCCCCUAAUUAUGACUUAUCAUAACUCUUAGCCUUCAAACUCUGUAAUCAUAACAGAUAUGUUUUGAGACCAGGCUGUAGAUAUGAUUCAUUGGUAUUUUAACACAGGCUCUGAAGGGGUUCCCAUGGCUUUUGGAGCCAGCCUCAAGUGGACUUUGAGGAACUGCAUUUUUUUCCACUUCCAUUUUGGCUUCAUUUUUCAGAACUGGAAGUCACCACCUGCAUUAAACCACAUAUAGAAAUGUUCACUAUGUAUAAAAACAAACUCUUUGGGAGCACCAUGAGUUUGUAUGGCAUCAGUAUUAGUGCAUCCCUAAUGGCUACAUCAGUGUAAAAGGAAGUCGACAGUUUUCCACACGCAGUCAGUUAAUAUGUGACAUUGAUCACAGACUGAAACAACAAACAGAAAGUUUCUAACAGAAAGACAAGGGGCUGAAUCCAGGCUGAGAGACAAAGCAAGCAGCUACUCUGGGUCAUUUUGAUCGUAUUUAUUGUUAUAUUUAUGUUGGAUAGAGAUUUCAAUGACAGCUUAAAUGAUCUGUGGUCAGGUUAGACAAAGAGAGAGAGAAAGAGCAGAGGAGCCAGAGUCUGAACGCCACGAUGAUGAGAAGCCACUUGACAAAGGACAAUCAACCUUCACCUCCCACCCGCAGUCACUUAUUUUCCUUCCUUCAACAGAUAUUUUUGAUUUUACUACGAUUUCCACAUACGUCUAUUUUUUGUCAUUAUUCAUGUGUUUUUAUUGUGUCAAGAAUUUUACGUAAUCUUAAUACUGACCUCUUGUGAGUGAGCUUAAUAAACCAGAUACUGUUCAUUCAGUAUUUUAUUGAAAGACGUUCAGUCUUAACUUUCACUUACUUUCUUAAAGUUGACUUGAAUUGUUCAGGGCCUUUCUCUUCUCAGCCAUGAUUUACUCUAAAUGUGUCUUACACAUCUUCUGCUGCACCUGCCCCCAACUUUUGAUUAUUUUGGGCCUCAUAAGUUUGAGUUUGAGGCCAGUUUUGAGGGAACAGACAAGGCAUGGUUGUUUAAACCCCAGCUGUGAUCCUCCUGCUGCACCAACUAUAUACAGAUCAUCCCUUUUUAGGAUGGUUGCCCUCAGCUGUGAGGCAGGGCCGCCCAGACAGACCACUACAGAGGAGGCCUGCUGUUUAUUUCCACUCCAUAUGCUGUCAGUCUGCAGAUUAAAUUGUGCAUGUUUGUGAAAUACUUUAUUUAUAAGAUCUUUACUGGUUACCUUGAACUGAUCAAAUCAAGGGACUUUUGUUGUUCAGAAUCUGAAUCUGGGACUUUGUCGUCUGUACUAUUAGUUCAUCUUGUGAUAUAUGGUGCAUUACAGUAAACAUAAAAAAUAGGAAACAGUGUUAAAAGAAGCACUUGUACAGUUGAGCACCAUAAAAAAAAGUGAUAUGAAU